GCGGCGAGCGCGGCCCGGACGCUGCUCGUAAACGGGAGUGACGGGAGCAAGAGAAGGGCUGGAUGAAUUACUCUGCAGUGCUACAGUUUAUGGGCCGUAGACUGGGAAUCUGUGUGGAUUAUUGACAUGUUCCUAAACACUUCGUUGCAGCAAAAGCAGGUUUUUCUUCUCCAGAGAUACAGCCAUGGCUGAAAUGAGUGACAGCAACUUAGAAAAACCAACCAUUAUUCAGCAAGUAAUGGCCUCUUGUUGUGGAGCUAUAAUUACAUCAUUACUUGUAUCUCCUCUUGAUGUUAUCAAAACUCGGCUGCAAGCCCAAAGCAAUCCAUUCCCUAAAGGAAAAUGUUUUGUAUACUCUAGUGGCCUUAUGGACCAUAUAUGUGUUUGUGAAAAUGGGGACAGCAAAGCCUGGUAUAAAAAACCUGGGAAUUUCAAAGGGACGUUGGAUGCAUUUGUGAAAAUUAUUCGAAUAGAGGGAAUUAAGUCACUGUGGAGUGGGCUUCCCCCAACAUUAAUAAUGGCAGUUCCUAACACAAUAAUCUAUUUUACACUCUAUGACCAACUGCAUGAAGCUUUGAAAUACAGACUGGAAAAGGAUGAUGGAUACAUUCCAGUUCUUGCAGGUUCCUUAAGCAGAUUCAGUUCUAUCACUGUGGUGAGUCCCCUGGAGCUGAUCAGAACUAGAAUGCAGCAUCGCAGGUUGUCCUACAAGCAGCUGUACCUGUGUGUCAGCACUAAAGUGGCUGCUGAUGGGUGGUUUUCACUGUGGAAAGGCUGGAGUUCUACUGUCCUGAGAGAUAUACCUUUCUCAGCGAUGUACUGGUAUAAUUAUGAACGUUUCAAGAAGAUGAUGUGCAACAAAGUUGGUGCACAUGAACCUACAUUUUUUAUUGCUUUUACUUCAGGAGCAGCAUCUGGCUCUAUUUCAGCUGUCAUAACUCAGCCAUUUGAUGUAGUGAAAACACAUAAACAGACUGCACUUUGGGAGAGUGAGACCUUAGAAAUUCCACAGAGGGAAUCUACAUCAACCUGGGCAGUUAUGAGGAAAAUUGUCGCUAGCAAUGGGAUUACUGGAUUAUUUGCUGGUGUUAUUCCACGGCUAUGUAAAGUUGCUCCUGCUUGUGCCAUAAUGAUCAGCACAUACGAAUAUGGAAAAUCUUUCUUUUCUCAUUUAAAUGAAAAAAUGAAUCAGCGUCCUUAAUUCUCCUUCAUCCAACUGUAUGAAGUCAAAGCAUAUGGUGAAAGUUGUGCCAAAUUAUUAUCUGUGAAGAUGUUUUCUAGAAUUCCCAGCGAAUUUCUACCAUUACAUUUGCUGAAGAGGAAAAAGAAAGGAAGGAGGAGAAAAAAAUAUAAUCGAGCCUGGAUAGAGCAAUGAAGAAUAACGACUGCCACCGUGUUAAAUUUUUAGUCUGAUGAAACAGUUUUGUUGGAUAUUUAAAAUUAUUGUUUUAAAACAUUUUGGGCUUCCAGUUGUAUGAUAUAUUUAUUUCUCAAUAAGGAGGUUGAUACAGAAUGAAUUCAAUAAAUGCUUAUUUAUUCUUGCUGCUUGAUACAUGCUUCAUUCUGAGCAUGUUUGUUAUUUGUGUAAGUGCACAUUAUAAAACAGCUUCUCUUCGUGUUUAUUUUAAAUGAAAAAUUCCCUACGUCAAAGUGGAAAAAACACUCAUGCUCAUUAGAAACCAAGAGAGCAUGGUGAAUACAGUGAUAGGGAAUGCAGUGGCUUUUGUUUAAGGCAAUACUCUUAAAAAUUUAAAGCACAUCCAGGCAUUGAAGACAAUGGCCUGUACAGGUGCUCUGGAGGAACACUCCCUCACCUGUUUUUGGGAGGUGGAAGUUGUCACAACACUCCUGGGCAGGGCCAAGCCACACAGUUUGUAUGGGAGGACCUGUCUUGGAAGGGCGGGUGUGCUGGCACAGACAGGUGGUUCCACACCUGUUUGACUCAGCUGUGGGUCUCUCUGAAGGAAAGAGCGUAUUUAGUUUGCUGCUGUCGAAGCAGUCCCUGUCUGCCACAUUGUGCUGCACACUCCUGGUAUGAGCAGCUGCAGCUCCUCACUUGCCUGUAGGCACUUCAGUUACUGAAUCAGAGCUUCCUCUGUAUGACUUUUUUUAAAUUAUUUUUUAACUACCUUCACACUACCUCCCUUUUUUCAUGCAUUGUCAAUGAAGGGGUUGGAUUUUACUUUUUUGGGUAUUCUAACAAAAAAUUGUGUUGAUGCUAAAGCAACUCAGUAUUCAGGUCAUUAAGACACUGACAUUUGGGUGUGCUUUACCCAAGAAAUGGACUUCAGUCCUAUCCUACUAAGAUACCCCAGCAUGUGUUUGCUCUUGGUGAAAAUUCAUUACACGUUGAAAAAUUCUGCAGUUGCAAAGACAUUAGGUACCAUGUUACAGCAUAUGGUGCAGGCAAGAGGUGCUGCCAGAGGAAAUAACACUCUUCUCCCACUGUGACUUUUGAACGUAAAUUGACAAAAUAAGGCCUAAGAGAAAAUAAUAA